GACCAACACUUUACAUGUAGCAUUUAUAUUUUUGUUCAGUGUAGUUGUUUACCCAUUACUCAGGACUAUCUGAAAUCCCAUUGGCUAUUUAUUCAUUAUAUAUUCAGAUAUUUAAAUCCUUCAACUGUUACAUUGUUCCGAGUUAGUGCAUUCUCAGUGUGGUGCUUCAGUUCGUUUUGAGACUACUAACCCUUAGCCUUCUCUUUGAUUUACUUAUUUUUAACUGAAGGAAUACAUUUAUUCCUUUUAAAUUCAGGCUGUAUGCGCAUUCUGUAUUUUUGUACUUAAUCAUUAUUUUUGGAGGUCAGUAUAAUUUUUUUUUAAAUUCACUUAAUUGAAAGUCAAUGAAGGCUGAUAAAACAACAUUUAAUUCCUUUCAGUAGCGGCUACAAUAGGAUACAGCAGGUGGCAAUGUUGGAAGUUCGAACCAACAUAUAUCGUGUGCGUAAUCAACAUUUUAUUUUGAAAAGCCAACCCUUAUUCUAAAAAAAGAUCCAGGAAGUAGCGUAACAAAACAAACGAGAUGUUUGUGAAGUAUACGGUAUAUGGUGUGAACUGUGUAGUCUCAAGACGUUCACUGAAUACUCAAAUGCAAAUUACUUUAACGUAAGUGUUUAACAUAAAGGACAUGUACGAUACUGUCGCCUUUCAUGCUCAGCUAGCCUCCAUCAUUGAGGUUUUGGCGAAUGCAGCCGUUGCCGAAAUCUGCAAACUUGUGGAUGAUGGCCAUGCUGCCUUACGUUUGGAAAUUUCACAUAGCCAGAAAGAACUGGACAACAUGCGGAGGAAGCUGCUUUUGACAAAAUUCCAGAAUUCUCGACGGAGCGCAGAGAGAUUUGGAGCCCUGCUACGCACAGUUCACAGGCGCGUGGACAGCGGUCAUAUUGGUCGGGGAAGAGGGAGCUUCGUUGGAAAGUCAACAGGCAGAGUUGGAUAUUUGGGAAAUCGUCUUUCCGACAGUGACAGAGGCAACUUUAUGCAGGAUGUCACCAACUGGAGAGACGCAGGACGCACAGGGAUAGACCAGGAUGGGGGCAUGCAGACGGCAGAUAUGCAAGAGACACCUCUUAUCAAAAUGGAGAACUUUCACACCAGCAGAACAGAAGAGAUUGUCCAACUGGUCAGUGAGAGCAGUGAGACGGUUGUGCCAGAACCAGGUUCUUCAUCAUCUACUGAAACCACAGACCCUCUGGACCAGCAGGGCAACAGACACAGAGCUCCAGACACUUCACUCAAUAUAGAACCUGAAAACCAGACGUUCCAGCAUCCAGCAUCACAAUACAACAGAGCGAGACAGGACCAUCAGGUUGCUGAGUGUGUGACCUGGGAAACUGACCAUCAACCCAUAUCAUACAGCCUGUCUCAAUGGACAGAGAACCAAGAGACUGACAACCGAACUGUGAAUGCUCCUCACAAUGCAGGGCCAGACUCCAAUAGGCUGUCUGGACAUCCAGAGAGGAGAGGGGUGUCUGGUAACUCUGGGGUCUGCAUGUCUGCUUUGGGCUCUCUGGACUGGGUGUCUGAUGUGGUGAUGGUGGACUCAGUUCCCAUUAAAGUGGAGGCAGAUAUGAGUUCAGAAUGGAGCAUAACUGGCCAAGAGGUGACAUCUGGAGAGGUCUGUUCAGACAGCAGGCAGCUUGUGGACAACAGAGGAAGAGGGGGAAUGGAGUCUGGACAGACAAAGUGUCCCUCUGACACUCAACAUCCAGAGCAAGGGACAACUGUAGGAUCAAGGUCCAAGAUGCCAGAUUUCAACGGACUGUCCUCCCUAAACAGCUUUUCAUCCCCAAGGGUUACCCUCCACCAGGUUCCCCAAAGAAGGAAGCCAGCCCACUUCCCAAAUUUCAACAGAGGCUCCACUUCUUCAUCAAAAGCCAUAGAAAAGCAGCCACAACAGCUAACGUCUCACUCCACCCAGAGGCAGCUCCGGUGUAGCCUCUGCGGAAAGCCCUUCCCCCAGCCGGCGCACCUGCGGAGGCACAUGCGGGUCCAUACGGGGGAGAAACCGUACGGCUGCAGCCACUGCACCAAGCGCUUUUCCCACAGCCACCAGCUGAAGAUGCACGAAAGGGUGCACACCGGAGAGAAACCGUUUCAAUGUGUCUACUGCGGGAAGUCCUUCACCCAGUCCGGCAACAUGAAGAAGCAUCUCCUCGUCCACACUGGUGGCAGGCCACAGGACAUUGGGCUGCCCUAAGUGGAGUUUUUCUACACAAUGUGACCAGACCAGGGAAAAACUGGUCUCCCCCCAUAGUUUCUAUUCCCUCUUGUCUAGUUCUUCUUCCACCCUAGUUGUAAGGGGAAUGGCGCCACACUACUGUGGUUUUCAUAUGAACACUGGGUCCAUGUGUUUUUAACAGUUUGGAUAGAUACCACAUUGAACGCUACCCUCUGUGUGUAGUGGUUGUUUUCAGUUCAGCUGACCUUGAUGCUUGGUCCAGAGUGGACUGAUAAUGUAUAUUAUUAAAGGUGAAGAUUUUAAACAUCACAUUUUAGUCAGUUAGCAGAAGCUCUUAUCCAUAGCGACUUACAAGUGCAAUAAGAGUUAAGUACUUUGCUCAAGGCACAUCAACAGAUUUUACAGCUUGGUUGCUUCGCAAUUGGAACCUGUGACUUUUCGGUUACUGGCUCAACGCUCUUAACCGCUAGGCUACCUGCCGCUAGGCUACAUCCUUCUGAAUUUGUUACCAAUAGUAUUCAUAUCAAACAGUAGUUAAGAGUUCAGGAAGCACUGGACAGGUGCCUAGGAGAGCGAGGUCUGUUGGUGGUCGAAAGCUCGUUGCUCGUUUCUGUUUUUACUUGGACGAACAGAGCCGGGGAGGAGGAUUGUCUUAAGUCUCUUGUGUUGUCUCUUGUCGUGAUGUUUUUUUUCCUAUAUUUAUGUGUUAUAUAUUUUUUAUCCAAGCCCACGCCCCUGCACAAAGUCUUUUGCCUUUUGUUGGCAGUCAUUGUGAAUAAGAAUUUGUUCUUAACUGACUUGCCCAGUUAAAUAAAAUAAAUACAAAAUUGUGA